GCUAGCUCAAGUGAUCGUGCGCUCUCUCACUUGACGAUAAGUUUCUCGCUCUCGCGCGCGCGGUCUUCAGCGCUCUCUCUUGAUCGUUUGCUCUCUCCUUCGUGAAAGAAAGUGGUGUUCCUGCACGACGACAACGACGACGACGAAGAGGUUGAGUGCGGGUGUGCGCGAGCGCGCGCGGAAAAAGAAAGUCGGGUACCUUACCUACCUUACCUUACAGGCUACCUGAAGAGAGCGUCUGAGUCGGUUCGGGUUGGGUAUCCACCAGUGCUGGGGCCUUAACAUACCCCUUGCUGCCAGCUGCCAGCUCAAACUGUUUCGGGCCGUUUCGCGGACUGGUUGUGCUGUCCGUACUUUCUUUUUUGCGCUCCUCCAGUACCUGACGGUGGUGGUGUUCCAGCAAAUUCGUGGAAGUUGUCUGGACGUUUGAGGUGUGAGCGCGCGCGCGUACGCGAUCUUGCGGUUCUUCGGCCAAAUGCCAAUUAUUCAAAUUUCACAAGUUGGCCCGUAAACACCUGUGUUCGCGAGAGAUUCAUUUUGGAUUGUGUCUGCCGGAGAGGCCGUUCUUCAGCUGUUGAUGCUGUACGAUGCGCGACUAGGCCGUGGAACAAGUGUGUUGAUGUUGUGAAGACUUGAGUCCGGCCAACCCCGUUAGGCACUAGAGAGAUCAACGUCGAUCAGCCGCAACAGCUCUGUUUCGGUAGCCGCGAGAUCGCGCGACUUCGAUUCCGGGAAUUCCCCGCCGGAACCUGCUCCGGAUUCCGGUCUUCCAGUGUGCGAGAGUGCGUGCGCAGGAGAAAGUGUGUGAUGAUUAUCGUGCAGUGUCGACUUCAGACCCGAUAGCAGUGUCCCGAAUGGAAUCGAGUUCAAGCAACUGAACAACGACACAACACCACCAGGAAGAGUCGUCAGCAGUUCUGACAGUUGGGUCGCCAGAACCAGGCCACCCCAAAGCAGUGUAUUCAAGUGCGUUUACCGGUGUUUCAAGUGUUCAGUGUGAGUUUGUGUGUGCCGCAAAGAAACGGCAAAUUUUGGCCCGAAACAUCAACACACCUCGAAGCAGGGGAAGCACAUCAGCGCUUCGGCAUGGUGGCGAACGUCAAGUGGCGGCGGCCAAUACUGGCCGCGAUUCUGCUGCUGCUGCUGCUACAACUGGCCACCACAACGGUUCGCGGAGUGAACGGGCUCAGCUCAACUGGUGAAAGAGAUAGCCGAAAGCUCUUUGGCGGGUACCGGAUAACGCCCAAGUUUUGCAACGCCACGCGGUCCCUGCUGAAGCGUGACUCGGAGCGGCGCGGACCGACGAUCUGCAUGUUCAACCACGAGUGCUUCCAGCGGCAGGGCGAGGUCGUGGGCGCCUGCAUGGACGGGUUCCUGUUCGGGACGUGCUGCGAGCUGCCGCUGUCGAACGAGGUGGCCGCCUCGACGGACUCGCUGCUGGAGAUGAUCAACUACACGAACGUCGACGAGGCGGACAGCACGUCGCAGUCGCCGCUGAGUUCGGCGAUUGCCAGCCAGUACGAGAAGUUUGGCAGUCAGUUGAGUGCUUCGGGGUACAAUCCGAUGGUGUCGUACGAGCCGGUUAGGCUGGAGGAGUCUCCGAGCAAGGAUGGCAACGGGUCGACGAGCGCUCCGUUGAAGAUCAAGCGGAAGAAGCCGGUGUUUGACAAGUUGCACAACAAUUAUAUUACGAACGAUGAUCUGGACGAGGAUAUCGUGCUGAACAGCUUGAACUCGCACAAGUACGAGAUGGCGAAUGGAGCCGUUUCGGUGUACUCACCGUCGACGUCUAACAUUAAGUCGGAAGAGAUCGAGAUCGCUACGACCGUGCCACCACCACCGAUUCAGGAGGAUGUUUCCUUUGUGCAGAUUAAUAACCACAAUGUGUACAGCUCGGAAAUUCCUACCUCGUUGAAUGCGUACAAUGAUGAAGUGUCGGACUCGAAUACGGCUCCGUCCGCGCCAAGCUACGAGUCGAGCACGGACAUAACCUCAACCGGAGUGCAGAUCAUUGCGAAUCAGAUCUACCAGGAGAAUCAACUGUUUGACCACAGCGACAUAACCCAUCCGGAAGCCGAAACGGUGCUGAUCAACGAAAACGGUGCUGUCGACCAAAGUUACGCCAAUCCUGCCGAUUUCGACGUCGAAGAAAUCGCCACGGAGGUGCUGACCACAGAGAAACCAAUCAGAAUCACCCCUCCAAAGCCUCAGUUCAAACCUAAACCUAAGCCAACGCAAGCAACCGAACCAAACAAAUACGUACUUGUACAUACCAUUUCUAGUGACUCCAAAGAUAGCGAGAACCAAACCUCGAAGCCGACAGUUUCGGUUAACAACAUUCACUCGAUCAACUCGAUCAUACUGAUGCUGAACGAAACGAACCUUGGACCUCAGUACGAUACGGACGACGAGGAGACCAAGCAAGACGCAAUCCUCACGACGACUGUUUCGACGACCACCACGACGACAAGCACGACCACUCCCAGUACGACCAGUGCUGAACCGACUGCCCCCGACACGACUUCCGCCGCGGUAACGUACGCUACCUCGUCGAUCGACUACGACAAGUACGGCCCGACUAGCUUCUACAUCACGAAACCCCAAAAGACAAGCCCACCAACCACCCAGCUAUCCACUAAGGUCCCUUCGACCAGCUACGUGUACAGUCCAAAGCCUACGAGACGGCCCAUUCUGGAACCGGUUGUAGUCCAAGCUACCUUACUGACGAACGGAUACGGUACGACGGCUGUGACGCAAAACGAACCAGCUAUCGCCGUAUCGACCGUUCGUCCACCACCCAACAAAAUUGUCAUCACAGCUGGACCGCCGCCAUCUCAGCGGCCCGUCCUCAUCACUAGCGAAGGCGAGCAUGCCGUUUCAUCCGGGUACUACACCGUCUCUACUGGACCACCUGCAGCGCCUGUUGCAGUCUCUACUGUUCAACCCACCAAGAAAGUGACGCCCACAAAGCAGCGUCCCGUCUCCUCCACCAUCCAACUGCCGGAAUACAUCGUCCAAUCAUCCACACUGUCCCACCAGUCCCCACCAGCGCUAGCCAACGUAAACUACGUCCACAUCUCCAGUGCAUCGGACAACCCGUCCCCAACCGUUCACAUCACCCCGAAACCCGUGCCCGGACUCGUAACAUCCAGCACGUGGAACCAGAAGCUCACCAGUCCCAUCGGCAACCAACGGCCAGGAUUCUACGAAAAUACCCCCCCACCAGUGUACGUGUCUUCGCUGGCCGACUUCGAAGAUGAAGGCUACUUCGGAGUCACCAAACGACCAGGCGCCAGACCCACGGUCUCAUCCACUGCCAUCUACACCCUUGUCGACAACAGCCAGAUGCUCAACAGCUUCGCUUCAUCCACGUACUCCCCGUACGGACCAACGGCCGGCUACCCAUCCAUGAACCGCAUCCCACCGAACGUUCAACCCAGUCAGAUCUACAUCGCCGCGCAGCCGAUCGAAUCGUCGACUAUCAAGAACGAACUCUACACCACCCCAGAUGACAUCAACAACUUCCCGCCGGUGCGCAACCCCAACCUCAACCUCACCGACUCGACCAUGAUGACCAACAUGACCAAGAUCCAGAACGACAACUUCAAGGACGAGGACAAGGUCAACAUGCUGGUCAACAAGAUUGUCGCCACGUUCAACGGAAACUUUGACGAGCUGGAAGCCAUCUUGAAGGAGCGCAAGAAUCUUACGUUGAGCACGACUACAACCACCACCGAAGCUACCACCACCACGGAGAGAGUCAAACUUACCAGUUCCACGAGCAAACCGGUGACCAAGAAGAAGAAGAAGCGACCAAGCGGCAGCAAGAAGCCUUCCAACGGAACGUCAUCCUCAUCGACCGGUGUCAAGAAACCAACGACCACGAAGCCUUCCGUCAUCCAGCAGGAUGCUGCCUCUACAACCCUGCGACCAUCUCCGAAGCCAUCGAAGAAACCGUCCAAGAAACGACCAAGCAACUCCACCAAACCUUCAACCUCAUCAUCCUCCAAACCAGUGCAAACCACAUCGCUGUCCAACGCCAGCCCAACAAAACCAGCCAAACCGUCCAGCUCCAAGCCGAAACCAUCCAGCUCAGCAACCUCAACCCGACCAAAACCCCCAACCAGCGUAGUCUCGAAACCAUCCGCCGACGUCGAGCGACCACCAACCACGGUCUCGAAGCCCGCAUCCACCACCAAGAAGCCCGUGCGGACAUCCACCUCGAAGAAGCCUUCCGGAACGAAGAAGCCCACCAGCCGACCGACGCUCGCCGACACCGAACCCGUGACGGUGACCACAACCCGCAAACCCACCAAGGCGACGAAGCGUACCACGAAGCGACCGACGACGACGACGACGAGCACCACCACCACGACACCGGCCCCGGAGGACGAGAUCAUCGACGAGGAGGAGAACGUCGUCGAAGAGGAGGAGGAAGAGGACGAGGACGUCGGCGAGGAGACCAACGAGACGGGCCAGGAUCUGCAGGGGUCGCGGAAAAUACUUUGCGGUCAGCGGCCACUGAUGAAGAGUGCGCGCGUGGUCGGCGGCAAGGCGGCCAAGUUCGGCGAGUGGCCCUGGCAGGUGCUGGUCCGCGAGUCGACCUGGCUCGGACUGUUUACCAAGAACAAGUGCGGCGGCGUGCUCAUCACGAACGAAUACGUCAUAACGGCUGCCCAUUGUCAGCCAGGCUUCCUGGCCUCGCUGGUGGCGGUGUUUGGGGAGUUUGACAUCUCGAGCGAUCUGGAGGCGCGCCGAUCGGUGACGAAGAACGUGAAGCGGGUGAUCGUGCACCGGCAGUACGACGCGGCCACCUUCGAGAACGACCUCGCCAUCCUGGAGCUGGAGAGCCCGAUCCACUACGAUGUUCACAUAGUGCCAAUUUGCAUGCCAUCCGAUGAGGCGGACUUUACCGGACGCAUGGCCACCGUGACCGGCUGGGGCCGGUUAACGUACGGUGGUGGUGUGCCGUCGGUGCUACAGGAAGUGCAGGUCCCAGUGAUAGAGAACAGCGUCUGCCAGGAGAUGUUCCACAUGGCCGGCCACAACAAGAAGAUCCUGUCGUCGUUCGUUUGUGCUGGCUACGCGAACGGCAAGCGAGAUUCGUGCGAGGGUGACAGCGGUGGCCCGCUGGUGCUGCAACGCCCGGACGGUCGCUACGAGCUGGUCGGCACGGUGUCCCACGGGAUCCGGUGCGCCGCUCCGUACCUGCCCGGCGUGUACAUGCGGACGACGUUCUACAAACCGUGGCUGCGGAGUGUCACCGGCGUCAAAUGAGGGACCCGGGGAGAAGUUCUAACAAGGGUGCUCUAGGACCUACAACUUUACUCUAUGACUUCUAAAGUUUCCUUUCCAUCUUUUAGACGCCUUGUUUCCAAAACAGUUAAAUUAGUUUGUAAUUGUUGCGGUUGCGCGCCCGCGGGAGUCGACAUGUGGGUCGAUUUGAAGGUGAAGGUUUUUUUUUGAGGAUGAAUGACUGCGACUGUGAAUGGGUGUGUAAUUAUUAAACGAUCGAAUUGUGAGCCUCCUUCAAGGAGCAAGAGUGCGUGCGUGAGCUGGAUGAUGAAUCACGAGCGAAAACAUUGUACUAGGUGUAGUUACGUUUUAGGGAACAAAUUGCAAUAAUUUAUCUACAGCGCAACAUAGAUAUGUGGAUGUGAUUUGGAGUCAUUGUUAAGAUUAAUUUAUUAUUGUUACUAGUAUUUAAAUUAUUUAUUUUCUAGCCAAUAAGUGACAACACACACACUCAAAAAACACACACACAUAGAAAUCAGUAAACGAAGAAAAACAGUGGGACGAAGUGGCGGUGUAAAAAUGUGAUUAUUUUAAUUUAUUUCGAGGAGGAAAAAAUAAAAACAAUCCUAUUAAACGAGAAA